AUGGAGUUGGAGCAUCUCAACCCAGAAGAAUUGGAAUUCGAACUAAUGGUGAGAACAGUUCAAGGUUUGAGAGGAAAAGAUAGCAACUGGAAAAUCACAAAACUAUCACAACUCAUCAGCAAGGAGAACAAUGGAGGAGCACUUACACCUACAUCGUCUUCACAUGUGCUUUCGGACGUCGAUAGCAUAUACCAGUGUCAAGCAAAAUUACCACAAAUUAGACAGGCUUUGGAAUCAGCAUUACGGAAGAAGGACGAAGGUCAGAUAAAGAUCUACAGGUCAAGGCUUUUACACUACAGAUUCAGACUGUCUAUUAUAUCGGAUUCAUUAAUCACAGCAAAUGCUAACAAAACGCUGGUAAAGAUCGACAAAACUCUGGAAAGAAUUGAAGCUUUUUUAGUGAAUAUGUCGGUUGUGAAUUCAGAACAACAAGAGAACGACCCCGAUCCAGAAGAAGUACCCGGAGAUCCAGAGACUCUUCAACGGCUCAAGAUCGCCCAGCUUCAAUCAAGCAUAAAAGAAGCUUCCCAGCAGCAACAACAAUUAGAGCAGGAACUUCAGGAACAGUUACUUCAACAACAAUUGCAGCAACCGACAAAUCAACCCGUCCCGGACGAUCAGCGUGAACAAGAAAAGCAAAUGCAUCAACAGCAAAUGGAGCAACAGCAGCAGCAAUUACAGCAGCAACAAGAGAUGAUACGUCAGCAUCAGCAACAACUACGACAAGAACAGCAGCUUAGACUUCAACAACAACGGCAAGGACAGCAGCUUCAACAAUCACUUGAUCAGAUGCAACAGCAACGGCAGCAAUUGGAACAACAAUUACACCAGGAGCAGAUACAGCGACAGCAAAUUGAAGCGCAGCUACGAGAGCAACAAAAUCAAGGUGUGUUUCGGCAAGGUUUUCAGAACAACUCCAUUCCGGGACAUGGGGAUCCUUAUCUACGAAAUCAAUCAGGAAUGCCACAACAGCAACGUGAAUUGGACAAUAUUCCUCCUCACUUGCGAGAGGAUUUCAUACGGUUUUUGGGAUCGCAAGGCAGGCCCAAUACACCUACAAUGUCGAAUCUUCAAGCGACUCCAAACAGAUUCUCUCAACCGGUCCAUAAAUGGCCUUUUGAAUAUACUGGUCAGCCGAACAUCAUCCAGUUAGGUGAAUUUCUCAACCAAGUAAACACUUACGCCGAUACGGAAGGAAUUGAUGAGCAAACACUACUCCGUUCAGUUAAGCAUUUACUCAAAGGGCGAGCUCUUCAGUGGUACACACGCUCCUACAUCCACCUUACCAGUUGGGAAGUGUUCAAAUCGGAAAUAAAGCAGGAGUUCUUACCUCCUAACUAUUCCGAGAUCAUCAAACAAGAUCUGUACUUACGGUUCCAAGGGUCAAAUGAAUCGUUUACGACGUUCUACAGAGAUCUAGUAGCUGCUUUUGAAAUAGUUGAACCAGCACUAUCAGAGUCGGAAAAACUUUUCAUCAUGAAAUCCCAUCUGAACUCGGACUACACUCCGAUAGCUGCUGCGUCACGAGCGAUAACAGUCAAGGACUUGGUUGCUGUUUGCAAAGACUUUGAAGUGUCUCGGUCCUAUUCGAUUCGGGGUAGAGCUUCGACCACUCCUCGCAUUCCUUGGAACAAAUCUGAAACUCCGGCAUUUCAGCGUCCAGUGACGAGCAGGGUGGACAAUCCCAACCGGCAACUAUUCAAUAGACACCCGUUCAACACAGCGCAGGUUAACACGCUUGAACUCAAACCAGACGGGGAAGAAGACUGGAACCCUCUUGAAAUACAGGAACGCGAAGCAUUCCAGCAGGGCGUGGCCAUGCAGAAUGAAAUAACGGCAAGUGCCACGGAAGAAGUUAACGCAGUUCGCCUGCAACAGAAUUGGAAGGAAAGGACAGCUACAGAGCCACAGCAACCGAGCAGUAGCGAGCAUCGCACAAGGAAUUCGGUACCAACUAUCAUCUGUUGGCAAUGCGAAAAUCCAGGUCACACUUAUCCGAACUGUCCCAACCAGAAACGAUUUCUAUUCUGCUACAGUUGUGGGAAAAAAGGAUGCACAACACGGAACUGCGAGGCAUGCAUUUUAAGAUGGAAGCAGUUGGAGUCAGUGAACAUCUCACAGCAUUCGGGAAACCGCAGCUGGGAGAACUCUCAAUAA